UUGCCGACGCCGAGCCCGACCUUUCUGCGGCCGAACGAUAUUUCAGAGAGAACCGUCACUAAAGCAGCUGUAAACCAGUCAGUGCUUAUCAUCGUCAUCAUCAUGGCCUCUGGAGCGUUGUUCCCCAGCAUGGUGUCUGGGUCCCGCGGCUCCUCCAGUAAGUACCUGGUGGAGUUUCGUGCUGGUAAGAUGACCAUGAAGGGCAGCACGGUGACGCCUGACAAGCGUAAAGGUCAGGUCUACAUCCAACAGACGGACGACUCCCUCAUCCAUUUCUGCUGGAAGGAUCGGACCACCGGGAACGUGGACGAUGACCUGAUCAUCUUUCCUGAUGACUGCGAGUUCAAACGGGUGAAUCAGUGCACUACCGGACGAGUCUAUGUGCUGAAGUUCAAAGCUGGCUCCAAAAGACUCUUCUUCUGGAUGCAGGAGCCAAAGACUGAUAAGGAUGACGAGUACUGCCGCAAAGUGAACGAGUAUCUGAACAACCCGCCCAUGCCUGGUGCUCUCGGCAGCGGCGGCAGCGGAGGACACGAUCUGUCUGCGCUCGGAGGUGAGGGUGGCCUGCAGAGCCUUCUGGGUAACAUGAGCCACAACCAGCUGAUGCAGCUUAUUGGACCAACUGGACUGGGAGGGAUUGGUGGUCUCGGGACACUGGCUGGUCCAGGCUUGGCCAACCUUCUUGGAAGUAGCAGCAGCAGCAGCAGCAGCAGCGUUCCUGCAGCCAGCAACUCCUCCACGAGUCCGUCCACAGCCGUCACCCCAACCUCUACCUCCGCUGCUAGUCGGCUCGGCUCCUCCCAGGUUCCCACCACUCCCAUCACUCCCUCUGCCACCUCAGCGGCCUCCCCAACAGCCACCACCCCCUCCACCCCUGCUGUGUCCUCCGUGGCAGCAGCAGCAGCCAACCCCACGCAGCCCAUCCAGCUGAGAGACUUGCAGAGCAUCCUGGCCACCAUGAACGUACCUGCCAGCAGCCAGGGAGGAGCACGAAUCCCCUGA